GACAUCCGCAGCGUGGAGAAGAAACAUUGGCGAGCGAGCCUGAGAGAAGAGAAGAGAAGGAAAGAACGAAAACCACUCAAAUAUUGAAUUAUCAUGCUUCACUCUACCCUCCCGUGACGGGUCUUGCAAGUGGAUAAGAUUAGAUUGUGGGGUUUUUAAAAUCUAGGAAGGAGGGAGAUCUCUCCUUAACCUUCCCCCCAAUUCCUUGUCACUGUCAGCCUCAAGCCUAUUGUUUCACUCCCUCGACGUUUGAUUCUUCCCUCUUUUUUCCUUCCUUCCUUCCUUUUACUUGUAUCUGGUCUACCGACUCAUUUCCUUCUCGGUUCUCCUUCUUCCGUUCAUCUACAUUGCCUACUUUAAUCCCCCGCAUUGCAGGUAGCUGGCCGCUUGCAGUGCAAACGACGGUUUCCAUUAAUCUCACCGCCCCUAUCCUCGCCCUAUAACCCUUUCUCGCUGCGCAAAAGGGAGUAGUAUAUAAUCCUUGAGAUCCUUCAUCUACAUACCACACCCCAAGCAACCCCCCCCAUCUCUAACCCGAAAAAGAAAAAAGAAAAAAAGAUACGAUAACAAGAACAAAAUUUUGUACUGGUUACGCUUACAGUCAUAUACGUGGUCACGAUGGCUGGCGCAGUAGAAGUCUACGAGUGCCCGUGGUGCCGAUUCAAGUCAGGCGCGGAGUACACCAUACUCAUGCACAUCGAGGCAAUACACACGCCCGACUCGCCGUUCAUGAUAAAGGAUGAGCACGGCAACAGGGAUAUAAGCAGUGAGGAUCUGGUGGACACGGACUUUGAUAUUCCCCCGGAAGACGAUGCCGAGACUACAUACAUCCUCUGCACAGAGGACGGAUGCGAGGAGAAUGUCCUUCUAAUGGACCUGCAGACACACUUGGACUUUCACGCCGCGGAGCAGAUUUCCAUGGAAGAUGUGCGUAGCCAGACGCCCGUGUCCGGGGAUGAUAGCGGGAGUUACAGUGGGAGCCAGGAUAUGGUUUUAUCGGAGCAAGGGAAGAGUAGGUAUGGGUACGGGCGCUCGGAAGGCAGUAUCGAAGGAGGCAGGAGGGAGAGGAGGGAGAACAAGACAUUGAUUGCUUCGAGGGAGAGGGAUAAGAACGGUUAUAAGCUUUCUUUUGCUCAGGAUCAGGGUUCUUCUUCUUUGGUGCCCUCGAAAACACCAAGUCAUUUGAAGUCACCUAAGAGGUCUCAUAAGUUGGUGUUUGGUCUGCCGGUUAAGGACCCGUGGAGGCAGAGGGAGAAGGAGAAGGAAAAAGAGCGGGAGAGGGAGAGAGAGCUGGAAAGGGAGAGGGACAGGGAGAGAGCUAGGGAGGUUCGGAGGCCAGUUGAGAGAAGUGUGGUCAGGCCUAUUGAUGGGCAAAAUCUGCCUGGGCAGCAGCAAACGGUAUCCUCUAAUCAUAUUCUUACUCCAGUCAAGCGGUUAGGAAAGAGUGAUCUAGGACCUUAUGCCCACGAGGCACAAAUGCCGGCUUGGCUCCGCAAAGAGCUUGAGCAAGGUGGUAAACUGACCAAGGAAACUAGAUUGGAUCAUGCCGCUGGGCGUUUGGUUAGGGUUGUCACGGUCUCCAAUGAAACUCCCGAUCUCAUCCCUGUGAUUGCGCUUCUCUGUGAACACGAUCCUCGUGUCGUGAGGGCAUGGGUUUGCCAUCCGGGCACCAAACAUGUUGGGAAACAGAUUAGGGGUGAGGGCGGCUUCUGUGGGUAUAGAAAUAUUCAAAUGGUCGUCAGCUAUAUUCAGAAUGCAUACCCUAGGGGAUCCCAUCCGUUUGAGGGCAGAAUUCCGACUAUACUGAGGCUUCAGGAUUGGAUUGAAGAGGGAUGGGAUAAGGGAAUAAAUCCUAGCGCUAGAUUGGAGACUGGCGGUAUCAAGGGGACCAGAAAAUAUAUUGGGACUUCAGAGGCCCAAACAAUGUUUGUCAACCUUAACAUCCCCUGCCGUCCCCAUAGCUUCACCAGGUCAGAAGGCCUCAAAACCCAGGAAAAGCUUCUUGACUGGGUGGAAAACUACUUCUCUGACGGCGGCAUCCUCCCAGAAGCCGCCCAAGUAAAGGUUUACCAGACCCAGAAACCCCCAAUCUACUUUCAGCACAGCGGCCACUCUAUGACAAUAGUCGGGUGCGAGACCAACAGGGACGGUUCCAAAAACCUCCUAGUCUUCGACCCCUUCUUCACACCCUCCGCUCCUAUGAAGAACCUUAUUGGCGCGCGUUCCCUGAGCCAUAGAAUGGACCCGGAACUACUCCUCAGGGCCUAUAGGCGCAGGAUGAACUACUUGCAAAAGUACAAGGAGUUUGAAGUUAUAACGUUCGUGCCUCCUAUCGCGAGUCAUUAUAAUAAAAGCAUUGCGGAGGGGGGAAGCGGAGGAAGGAUCCAUUAUUAUUUUCAAUAGCUAACAAUGCGUACCUUGGAUUCUAUGAUGUCCUCCUAUCCACCUCCGUACCUGCCUACCUACCCCUGGAUGGAAUUGCGUUUUUUU